GAUGACAGUAAACACUGGAUAAGCCAGAGACACAGACUAGCUGUACACAUAAACAUGGUGAAAGGUGCUGGUAUAUUGAUCCUCUUGCUGUGUGCAUCUUAUGUUAUUGGAGAAGGGACCAAGGACGACAAUAACAUAGAACAGCAGGAUAGUCACACAAAAGAUGAUGAGAGUGAUAGCUUCACAGAUGACAAUGUGAGUUCUUUUGAAGAAGACAACAAUGAUAUUGAAGAAGAUGAAGUCCCUGAUGAAGAAGAAAAUGAUCAUGGACUUAUGAAUGAAGAGAGUGAUGAAGGAGAGAACCAAGCAUCUUGCACUUAUAAAUGGGUCAAGUACAGAAGGUUCACUGCUAUUCCUGUCUAUAGCUAUAUCAGAUACAGGAAAUGCAUCAAGACUCGCUCAUCAUAUAAUUGCAAGUACACUAUCAACGGGAGGAGGAUUAGGUGCAGGGGUCAAAGAUGCAGCUACAAGAAAUGUUACAAAUACACCUGCAAAUACAAGUAUUAUAGGCGCAAAUAUUUGUCAGGAUACACAUAUAAAACUGUGAUGCGCCGGAAAGCUGUCAGUACAGUUCAGGGGAAAAAGUAUGGAAUAAAAUUUAAUAUAAUACAUGAAAAAAGGAAGAAAAAUUGA